ACGCCAUUUAUAUGCGUUUUAUAUAUAUGACCAUAUAAGUUAAAGUCACACGUUCACGUUGGAUUUUUUCAAGUUUCUUACGAAUUAAAAUAAAUAUUUUAAUUAAUAAUUAUUUAUUAUCGAAGGAAUAUGUCAACUAUUGCUACUCCUUUAGCCGUAGGUGGCCAACGACAGUCUGGAGCUCCAGUUCGUACUCAAAAUGUUAUGGCAGCAUGUGCAAUUGCCAACAUUGUCAAAAGUUCACUUGGACCCGUGGGUCUGGAUAAAAUGCUCGUUGAUGAUAUUGGAGAUGUCACUGUAACUAACGAUGGAGCAACAAUUCUACGUCUUCUGGAAGUUGAGCAUCCAGCAGCUCGUGUUCUAGUGGAGUUAGCUCAGCUACAAGAUACAGAAGUUGGUGAUGGCACAACUUCAGUUGUGAUUAUUGCUGCAGAAUUAUUAAAAAACGCUGAUGAAUUAGUCAAACAAAAAAUUCAUCCUACAACUGUUAUCAGUGGUUAUAGAUUAGCAUGCAAAGAAGCAUGUAAAUACAUUCAAGAACAUUUAACUGUUAGUGUCGAUGAACUGGGAAGGGAUUGUUUAGUGAAUAUCGCCAAAACUUCAAUGUCCAGCAAAAUAAUAGGAGCUGAUGCCAAUUUCUUUGGAAACAUGGUUGUCGAUGCUGCUAAUGCUGUUAAAAUUAAUGAUGGCAAAGGCGGUCAUAUGUAUCCAAUCAAAGCAGUUAACGUUCUUAAAGCUCAUGGAAAAAGUGUUCGAGAAUCCAUUCUUGUUCAAGGAUAUGCAUUAAAUUGCACAGUAGCAUCGCAGGCAAUGCCGAAAAAAAUUGUAAAUGCAAAAGUGGCAUGUUUGGACUUUUCUCUUCAAAAAGCAAAAAUGAAGUUGGGUGUUGAAGUUUUAAUUACUGAUCCAGAAAAACUUGAAGGAAUACGUCAAAGAGAAAUGGAUAUUACAAAAGAGCGUAUUCAAAAAAUCCUUAACACUGGAGCUAAUGUUAUUCUUCUGUCUGGUGGUAUCGAUGAUUUAUGCAUCAAAUAUUUCGUUGAAUCAGGUGCAAUGGCAGUUCGUAGAUGCAAAAAAUCUGACUUAAAGCGCAUUGCUAAAGCUACUGGGGCUCAGUUUCUUACAUCUUUAACUAAUAUGGAAGGAGAUGAAACUUUCGAAGUCAAUUAUUUAGGAGAGGCUGCUGAAGUUAUUCAAGAAACUGUUUGUGAUGAUGAGCUUAUUCUUAUUAAAGGGCCAAAAGCUAGAACUGCUGCGUCAAUAAUUCUUCGUGGACCGAAUGAUUAUUAUUGUGAUGAGAUGGAACGUUCUGUACAUGAUGCUCUUUGUGCUGUAAAACGUGUUCUAGAAAGCAAAAGUGUCGUUGCAGGAGGUGGAUGUGUUGAAGCUGCUCUUUCUAUUUAUCUUGAAAAUUUCGCAACAUCUUUGAGUUCACGGGAACAACUUGCUAUUGCCGAAUUUGCUCGUUCCUUAUUGGUUAUUCCCAAAACUCUUGCUGUGAAUGCUGCUCAGGAUUCAACUGAUCUCGUUGCGAAACUUCGUGCAUAUCACAAUUCCAGUCAAACUACUGUUGAUCAUGCUAACCUUAAAUGGGUUGGUCUAGAUCUCAUUGAAGGUGCUGUUAAAGAUAAUAAGAAAGCAGGAGUAUUGGAACCUGCAAUUUCUAAAAUCAAAUCAUUGAAGUUUGCGACAGAAGCAGCUAUUACAAUUCUUCGAAUUGACGAUAUGAUUAAACUAGACCCAGAACCAAAACGUGGUAAAUCUUACGGAGACGCAAUGGCUGCCGGUGAAUUAGAAGAUUAAAAUUCAUGAAGAAAAAUUUUCUUAUAACUUUUUCAAAAAAAAACUCAUCCUAUUAAUUUUUCAUAUUUCUAUUCCAAAAAAUAGAAUUAUACUCUUAAUAUUUCUUCAAUGAAAAAUGAAAUAAUUUUCAAUUAUGUAAUAAUUGUUAUAAUUAUACCGACUUUAGUUAAUAACAAAAUUUAUAUUUACCAUCCCAACUAAUACUAUGUAUAAGGAUUCACGAAUAAUAAAUGAAGC